AUGGAUGAGUCAGAUGAUGACUUUCAGGAACUCUGUGCCAGCUUUUUCCAAAGGGUGAAAAAGAAUGGCCCCAAGGAAGUGUCAAAGGAAAAGAAGACACAAAAGGCCUCCAAUGGCACCCAGAUAAGAAGCAAACCAAAAAGGACCAAACAAACUGCUUCUAAGAGCAAAACCCCGCAAGGCCCCACUGAGAGGAAAACUCGCCCUGGCCGCCAGGUCCCACGGACUCAAAAGCACGGGGCACCCAAGAGGCCAGAGACUGGACCAGCUCCCCCUGAAAACACUGAGGGAGGUAUACACACUUCUGCUGUACUCCAGGAUAGUGUGUGGAGCACCCAGACAGAGGCCACCAUGGACAGCCUCUCACAGCCCCCUCCUUCCUGUCUGAUUGCGACGGCGCCAAGUCCCUCCAAACCCAGGGCAGCAGAGCUGGUGCUCCAGCGAAUGCAGCAGUUCAAGAGAGCAGACCCCGAGCGUUUAAAACGAGCUUCCGAAGGCUGCUCACUCGAGGCUGCACCUGAAGAAAAUGUCCCAAAGGGCCCUCAGGAUGUGAUGGCGGUGAACGGGUUUGGGCCCGAGUCCCCCGCCACAGAAAGUGACACCGCAGUGGCCUUGGCCCUCCAGCAGGAGCUUGGGCAGGAACAGGUGUCCGCACCCGACGACAGCCUGGAGGAGAAGGGGUUGUUCUUUUGCCAGAUCUGUCAGAAGAACCUCUCAGCCAUGAACGUGACACGGAGGCAGCAGCACAUGAAUCGGUGCCUGGAUGAGGCUGAAAAGGCACUGAGAUUUCCCAUGCCUCGGAUCCCUGAAUGCCCCAUCUGCGGCAAGCCAUUUCUCACCCUGAAGAGCAGAAUCAGUCACCUGAAACAGUGUGCAGUGAAGAUGGAGGUCGGCCCACAGCUCCUGCUCCAGGCUGUGCGGCUGCAGACAGCUCAGCCUGCAGGCACCUCGGGCACUCCGGCACCCAGCCUCAGCGACGGAGCUGGCUGUCUGAAGCAGAAGGGAGCCACCGCCAAGAAGGAGCCACGGAAGAGGCGGAAGGUCACUGGGCCCGAGGCGCCAUCCGAGGACCUGCUGGUGGCCAUGGCUCUGUCCCGCUCGGAGACGGAGCAGGAGGCAGUGCCGGCAGCGCUCAGGCUGGGGAACGCUUUUGCAGAGAGGACGAGACUACGAGCAGAGAAGAAAACCCGCAAGAAGAAAGCCCCCGCGCCCCCCCCACAGCUGUUAGUCCAGGACCCGGAGACCACCGGCCGGCAGAUAGAGGACCGCGUGGCCCAGCUCCUGUCGGAGGAGGUGGAGCUGUCCAGCACGCCGCCGCUCCCUGCCAGCAGGAUCCGAGAGGAAGAGCUGGCCAGGGGCAGCCGGGCCCUGCGACCUCCUGGAGGGGCGCAGAACUUGCUGUGGGAGGCCAGUGCCCUGACCGGGGCUGGGGCCCUGGAAUCCUUUUACACGGCCAGCCUGGUGCCUCCCCUGGUGCCCCAGCGGCCUGCCAAGGGUCUCACACAAGAGCCCAUGCGGCUGCCACGGCCACCCAAGCCGCCAGAACUGAGUGUGGGAACACCCCCUUCUGUGGGCCACAGCCUCCAGAGCCCAGUGCCCUCCGCCAGCCAGAGGGAGCGCCAGGCCCUGCAGGAUCUGCUGGAGCUGGCGGGAGAGAGGUUGCCCGCCAGCCCGUGCAGCAGGGACCUGGCUGGCUCGGGAGGGGCUGCAGGGAUGGACUUGUCACUCGGCGGCCUUCCACUGACUGGGUUUGUCCUGCCAGCCAAGGAGAAGUACCUGGAGGAGGGCGGCCAGGCUUCGCUCGCCCUUGGUUUGCUGGUGGCCGACUUCAGUGCCAUGGUCAACAACCCACACCUGAGCGACAUUCAGUUUCAGACAGACAGUGGGGAGGUGCUCUAUGCCCACAAGUUUGUGCUCUAUGCCCGAUGCCCACUUCUCAUGCAGCAUGUAAACAGUGAAGGCUUCCUGGCCGAAGAGGACGGUGACUUGAGGCGCCAGCGCGUGCUGCUGAGUGACGUCAGCGCCGAGGCCGCCCAGGCGUUCCUGCAUUACCUCUAUGCUGCUGACAGCGUCCUGACUCCCCAGCUGGCCCCCGACCUGCGCUCUCUGGCCCAGAGGUUUGGGGUGAGUGAGCUUGUUCACCUGUGCGAACAAGUGCCCAUUGUGACAGAUGCAGAAGGUGGACAGCGAAAGGAGCAGGAAGACGAGGAUGCUGACGGCAGAGUGGAGACUUUCCGAGAGCUCCUGCGUUCUGUGUGGCUGGGUGAGGAGGAGGGAGCAGAGGCCCUGCUGAAACCUGAGGGCCGCGAAGAAGACAGAGAAAAGGUCAACGAGGAGGAGAUGGAAGAAAUUUAUGAAUUCGCAGCUACUCAGCGAAAGCGGCUCCAGGGGGAGAAAGCCCCAGAGCCAAAGGAAGAAGGCGACCUGCUCAGGGAGGAUGGUCCAGUUUCUGGGGAAAUCCUCCAAAGCAAACAGGAUAAAGAACAGCCAGAAAAUGCAGGGCAGUUGGAAUCAUCCGGGCAAGGAAGAGAUGAGACCCCGGCCAAAUGGGGAAACACAAGACUGUCCACACUCCUGCCCCCCAGCAACCAGGCUUUGAAUGGGGAAGAGAAAGCAGAGGGCCGUGCAGAGAGGCAGGAAAACGCCCCUCUGUGCUCAGCUGAUGAUGAUAAUGAUCAACAGCCUUUUUCAUCACCUCAGGCUGGAUACCCUGAACUCUCCGGGGUGAUGAGCAAUCGGGAGGAAGGAAAUAGGACCAUCCCGGAAAGGGAGGUAGAGGGUUUCCGUCCCUCUGCCCACCAGCAGGCACACCCCUCACGCUCAUGCUUCCUCCCACCGCAGCCCCAUCAAGGCCGGAGUCCUCGCCAGCCACGUCCUCGCGCCCGUUGCCCCAGUGACCUCCCGCUGCAGGGUACAGCUUCCAGCGUGGCCUCCCAGAACUCAUCACCGAAGCCAAAGAGGGCCAGGCGCCUUCCCUCAUCACGUGAGGACCCAGGCCAGAAAGACAAGGAAUGUAGCUCCCCAUCGGAACGCAGAGGUAAAGGGGUCCUGAUCUUCCCAGAAAAAUCUCCACCCAUGGAUCUAACCUGGUCAGGACCUGGCUGCCAGAGCUCCAGGCCUGAGACUUCUCCCUGCAGCGUGCACAGAGAAGAUGAGGUGAUCCUGUUACUGGAUUCAGAUGAAGAGCUGGAGCUGGAGCAAACCAAAGCAAAAUCAUUUCUGAACAGCCCCUCAGAAGACAAGAAAGUUCUGGAAGUCAGCGCCAGGUCCUCUGAAUUGUUCUCCAUCAUCGACCUCGACGCGGAGCAGGAGCCUCCCCAAAGCCAGACAGGAAGCCAGGCCCCACUGCCGCAGGAGGUGGAGGGGCGGCUGGGGGCCAGUGCCGAGGAGGACAGCACCACGGACACCUCGUGGCUGGUGCCCGCCACUCCGCUGGCCGGCAGGAGCUGCGACUGUUCCUCGCAGACUCAGAUCACAGGCCUCAGGGCCAGGCCACCAGCAGACCCGCUGGCUCCGCCCACGCCCAGAGCCCUGUUAGAGAACAGGGACGAACCCGAAGCCACGAGUAAGUUUUCGGUCAUCGUACCCCAGACGUCGUCCCCACGCCUGGGCCCCCCCACUCCUGGAAGCUCUGAUGGGAGAAGGCAGGUCUGCAGGCAGACAUCCAGCCCCCGCCGCAGACGCCUCCCAUGCGCUUCUCCUCUGGCUACCCGACCCAUCUUAGGAGGCCUCACCGACCUCCCCGGGCAGCUCCCAAGGUGCCCGCCUCCUCCACAGAGCCCGGUGGCUCGGGCUCCCGUGACUGAAGUGGUGGAGGUGGAAGACAGUGAAGAUGAGCAGGAGGCGGCCUCCCAGCAGGCGAUCUGCAGCCCCCUGCUGGACGGCGACCCCCCGAUUCCAGCCGAGGACUGGUGCUGGCACGUGGAACCGCUCUCACCAAUCCCCAUUGACCGCCUGAACCUUGAGCGGACAGGCCCCUUGAGCGCCAGCAGCCCCAGCAGCAGGGCAGAGGGGGCCCCAGACAGCAGGGACCGCCGCUCCCCGGCACUGCUGGGCACCACCCCUGUCCGAGGGAGCCACACUGGCCGGAGGAAGUCUCGCGAGAAGUCCUCUGGGGCCGGCUCCCCUGGGAGCCACCAGCAGAGCUUUCUGAACUCAGCUCUGUGGGAUGACUGGAAUGAAGAAGAUCAGAGGUCCCCAGAGGCUCUUCCUCUGCCCCAGACACCGCGAGCAGAUAGAGCCCAGAGGUCACACGAGUUACAGACGCCACAAGGUGCUGAUCAGAAGAACUUGCCCCCGAAAGUCCCCAUAACCCCAAUGCCAAGGUACUCCAUCAUGGAGACCCCAGUGCUGAAGAAAGAGCUGGACAGGUUUGGGGUCCGCCCUCUGCCCAAACGCCAGAUGGUCCUGAAACUGAAGGAGAUAUUCCAGUACACUCACCAGACGCUGGAGUCAGGCUCUGAGGACGAGGGCCAGUCCUCACAGCUGCCCUUGGCGUCUCCCUGCAGCCAGACCUACACCACCCAGACCUCUAAGGCUUCAAGAGCAGCUGGCCACACCCAGCUGGAGGCCCCUCCUGGCCGCAUUCCCCAGAGGUCCAAGGGACCUGCCAAGACCAAGGGCCCCCAACAUCACAAGCAGCAGCCUGGUGGCAGCAUCUCUGCCCUGAGCAUGUCACCAGCCAAGGAGGAGCCUUUGGACCCUGGCGGGGACACCCAGUUCCCAGCCUCCCAGGAGUCCACGGCCACCUCUGUGGACAGCGGGGACAGCUCCUGCAGCUCACAGAGCUCUUCCUGUGAGUUUGGAGCGGCCUUGGAGUCUGCGGGGGAAGAGGAGGUGGGCGAGGAGGUCAGCGCUUCCCAGGCGGCCGUCCAGACAGUGGCCACAGAGGAGGCCGUGCGGCGCUAUAUCCGCUCCCAGCCAGCCCUCUACCGCAAGGUCCUGCUGUACCAGCCCCUCGAGCUGGCGGAGCUGCAGGCCGAGCUGAAGCAGCAGGGCAUCCGCGUGGCCUCGGGGAAGCUGCUGGACUUCCUGGACACCCAGUGCAUCACCUUCACCACGGCCACCACCCGCAAGGAGAAGCUUGGGAGGAAGAGACGGCAGCCCACGGGCAAGAAGAGGGGCAGAGCCGGCAGGCCCGCCCCUCGCUCCCCAGUCUCGGCCGCCAGCAGCCUGUGA